GGAGGUUUGGCAUCUCACCAGGCGUAACUGUCAGGAGUCCCAGCGGCACACCAGGAGGAGGUAAACACUCCCGUAGAAAAGGUUAGAGUCCUCACUGCUGAUAAUGUCAAACGCUGCGCUCAUUCAACGCAUCCGUAGACCUCCUCAGGCCCCUGCACCGAUACUAGCAUGUUCGAAACUGGUUCUCUGCAUCAUGCCCAUUGCUCAGAUUGCAAUUGGUGCAGUAUACCUGGAUGACUGUCCGCGACAGCCCUUCAUUCCCAUCUAUUUGAUAGUGGUGGGAGUAUUUGGCAUUACCCUAGCGGUGCUCUCCUGCCUGCCUUGCGCCCAGGAGCCUGAAGAUGGCACCUCCACCCCACUCAGCCGACUCUGCACAGUCUGGAACUCGUUAACUUCUUUCUUCCUCUUCUGUUGGUUCAUUGCUGGAAAUGUGUGGAUCUACUCUAUUUACAAGCCCAAUUACGACAAGAGCACAACAAGUGAGGAUCCCUACUGCAACAAGACACUCUACCUGUUCGCUUUCUGGACCACCACAUCAGUCUACAUCCUCUUGUGUUUGUUCCUGUUGUGCGGCUGCUGCGCCCUCUUCUGCUUCUACAUCCUUCGCCGUGCAGACCCCGACGAUGACAUCUAGAGACAAUUAACAUUGUAAGGGGGGCAGGAUGCAUCUGAUGGGGCUGCACACAAUGAGCUGGCCAAUGAAGCUGUUGCAUGUGUACCAAGUUGCACAUAAUCGGCUUAUGAUUGGUUGAAUUGGAGUAUCAGGAUAUCUCGGUAUCUGUAAGGAUACUGCUCUCCAAAUGCUUAGCACAUACCAUAUUGCAGCACAGUUCACACAUGAAGUACUAAUACGAAGCACAGUAAGAGUGCACUUUACCUACUGAAUGAACCCUUUGCUGUUUCUAGGUAAUGUUAGUGGUUCAUAAAUUAAAGUACAAAACUAAUUGUUCUUAUUUUAACACCUAUCAUGCAUUGUAGUGGUGCUUCUAGUUGCACAACCCCAAUAGAUACAUACAUAACUCUAAAAUGAUGUAGAUAAAUGUUUUUCAUUGCUUAGGAUUUUCUACCUCUGCAGAUGCUAUGGUGCAUCUUGUUGGUCAGUAAAUACUGGUGCCUUUCCAAAAGAUAUAUAUGUAUAUGUAUGUUUACAUGUUGCGUCAGGAAUUUAAUGAUUUACAGAUAGAGGAUGAAAUUAUGAAAUGUGUGUACUAUGCAAAUUCA